AUGCAGUUUCCUGGAGUAGCAACCAUUCAGAAGAAGACAAUGCUACUUCUUUUACAGUUAAAUCAAAUUCCUGCACGGCCCAGGGAAUCAACUGAAGAAAUCACCUUCCUUAAAACAAUCACACAGGUGCAGGUCAAUAUGUUAGCGCGCUGGGGCGAGGGGUGGGGCGGGGAGGGAACAGUCCACGCCAGGCCUCCCACGCGGCCCGAGCUGCACCUCCAAGGCCGCAGAGCCGGCGGCUCACACUCCAGCCCCAGGCGCGGCCAACCCGCGCUUCCCCAGGGCAGGGCUCCGCUCCGGUCCGAGCCACCGGCCAAGUCAGGCCCGCACGGCGUCGGCUCGGGCCCGCGUCCGCCGCAGCCCCUGGACCCCCGCCAGCGGGGAUGGGCGUGGGCCCCGGCGGCCACCGCCCCGCCAACUCGGGCUCAGGCGGAGAAAGUGCGCCCCACCCGCUACGCCGGCCCCAGACCUACCUGUAGGGGAGAGCGGAGCUCCUGGACAGCGGCCACGGCAAAGGCGCGCGCUGAGGCGGCCGGACCCCGGCCCGGGGACCCCAAGUCUCCCGCGGAGAGCAGGGCGGGGAGAGAUGCCGGGGCGCUGCCGCGGGCCAGCGCGGCCCGUGCGGGGGGUCGCGGGGACCAGGAUCUCCCCUCAGCACCCGGCCCCUGCCGCCGCCGCCAUUUUGCCUUCCACUCGGUGUCGCCGCCGCCGCACUCCGCCGUAGGUUUCCCGGAUGUGGGCAUUUCCCGGCGUCGCUUGCGCGGGGGCCGAGGACUGGGGGCUUCUGGCCGCCCGGCGGGGAGCGAGCGCGCCUCCUGUGGCCUCCCGCCCUCCCGCCGUCAGGACGUGAUUGAAAAAUCUAUGUUCCACAAAGAGUUUGUAGAAAAUUUGACCGAAGAAGCCUUCUCCGCAGCAGACAUGCAGAUGAAAGCCGAGGGACAAUCGGCCAUUAACUGUCUUGGACAUGGACAAUGCAGGGGGGUUUCAGAGGAGGCUGGCGGGGCCUACCCAGAAGAGGAGCUCAGCCAGCUGAGUAGAAUAAGGAGUCCUUGCACCGGGUAA